AUGUGUGAGGUCCAAGUUCCUGUUGUGACGAAUGAAGAGGUGAUGGAUUUUCAGGUGAAAGUUGAAGGAAGCGGGUUUCAGUCAGAAGAAGUCAGAAAAGUCCUGAUCAGAGCCUACAAACCGCAGACAUUCAUCCAAACAGAUAAAGCCAUCUACCUCCCCGGACAACAAGUGCGUUUCAGAGUCGUCACACUGGACUCCAAGCUGAGACCUGCUAGUAAAGUGUAUGACAUCAUCGAACUGGAGGAUCCGAGCGGGAACAGGAUCGGGCAGUGGCUCAGUACAAAUUCAGAUAACAAAAUACUGCAGCUUUCAUACUUCUUGAGUUCUGAGGCCCGUGAGGGAAUAUACAAAAUCACUGUGACCAUGGCACUUUGCAAAGUGUCGGUACAUUUUGUACCACCUUCAGCUGUCCCAGGAGAUAAGACCAACUUCCAGGUGACGGCCCUGCCGUACUCUCUGUGUGGUGUGAGUGCCGUCGACCAGAGUGUCCUCAUCAAGGAGCCAGGGAAGACUCUAAAUGCCGAAAAGAUUUAUGACUUGCUUCCUGUCAGGAAAGCAACCUUUGUCCCAUAUGAGGUUCAAGAUCCUAUAGAGUGCAUGGAAGUGAGAUCAAAAAGAUCAAUUCUGCCGUUUCCUGAGAGUGGCAAAAAUGAUGCCCACACUGUUUUCCAGAAUGUAGGACUGAAGAUGGCAACCAACUUGGGUAUUCAGUUGCCUUCAUGCCUCAAGUACAAAGGAAGAGAAUACUAUCAAGGCGGGUGCCUAUGGAAGGGUCCUUAUCAAGCACACAGGUUCGACAUAUUAGCGAGAGUACCAGAAUCAGCUGCCCCUGGUGCUCCGCCACCUCCUCCUGACCUUUCACCCAUAAUAACAGUCCGUACGUUCUUCCCAGAGACUUGGAUAUGGGAACUGGUAGACAUUAGAUUUGGACUCACCAUGCCCUACUCUAUCAUCCGAGGGGAGUUCUUUGAACUGAAGGCGACUGUCUUCAGCUACCUGACCAGCUGCAUGAUGAUCACUGUAACACCAGCAUCUUCCUCACUUUACACCCUCACCUCCCUGUUUGGUGACCAAACCACAUCUUGUUUGUGCGCCAGCGAGCGCAAGACCUUCAGCUGGAGCAUGACCCCAUCGGCCUUAGGGGUUGUGGAAGUGACUGUGUCUGCUGAGGCAGUGGCUUCGACGGAUUUAUGUGGUUCUGGGGCCGUAACUGUUCCAGACAGAGGUCGCAUCGACGUGGUGACAAAAUCCCUCAUCGUGAAGGUUGAGGGAAUUGAGGUGACAAAGACCUUCAACUUGCUACUAAUCCCAAAAGGAAAAACUGUGAGGGAAGAAGUUCUGGUCAAACUUCCGUACAACGUGAUUGAAGAUUCUGCCCGUGCUUUCAUAUCAGUCCUGGGUGACAUUCUCGGUCGGGCUCUGAAGAACCUCGACAGUCUGCUGCAGCUGCCAAGUGGAUGUGGAGAGCAGAACAUGGCUCUCCUCGCCCCCAACAUCUUCAUCCUCGAGUACCUAACCGACACACAGCAGCUCACCCCAACCAUCAAGGAAAAGGCUACCAGUUAUCUAAUCACUGGCUACCAAAAUCAGCUGAGAUACAAACAUGCUGAUGGUCCUUACAGUGCAUUUGGAACAGGGGAAGGAAACACUUGGCUGACUGCUUUUGUGGUGAAAUGUUUUGCACGAGCUGAGAAAUUCAUUCACAUCGAUCCCAGAAACAUUGAAGAGUCUAACACAUGGCUGGAAAAUCAACAACGAGAAAAUGGCUGUUUUAAAAUGUCAGGGAGACUCUUUCACAUUGACAUGAAGGGUGGCGUGUCGGACGAAGUCACUCUCACUGCGUACAUCACUGCGACGUUUCUGGAGAAUAAGAAAUAUGCAAAAAAUUCAGUGGUGACGAAGAGCCUGGCUUGCCUCAAAGACUCCAUGAAUGACCUCAGCAACACCUACACUACAGCUCUGAUGGCGUACGUCUUCACCCUGGCAGGAGACGUGGAGACCCGCGCUCUCCUUCUAGAGCACCUCGACAAGGUUGCAGUAAAGCAAGGCAGUUUCAUCUACUGGAAUCAGAAAUCAACAGAAACGUCCGCCUCCCUGUCAGUGGAGAUCAGCUCCUACGUGCUGUUGGCCAAAAUCAGUGCUUCCCCAACCAGUGAAGAACUGGCUUAUGCCUUCAGCAUCGUGAGGUGGCUGAUUGAGCAGCAGAACUAUUAUGGAGGCUUCUCCUCAACACAGGACACAGUGGUGGCUCUUCAGGCUCUGGCAUUGUACUCCAUUGAAGUGUUCAGUUUUAAGGGCUCAAGCAAAGACGGCUCAGAAAAAGGAGGCUCAAGCACAGGUGGCUCAAGCAAAGUGGCAGUUGCUACUCCUGGUGGCCAGGUUACGUUCCACGUCAAUCGAAACAACAGACUGCUCUACCAGGAGGAGAUAAUAGUGGAGAACAUAGCAGGGAAGUACAUCGUGGAGAUGAAAGGCAGCACAAGUGUUUUUGUGCAGGAAGUAGGAUACACUGGAAAGCAGAGCACUACGAACAUGGUGAUCCUGUAUAUCAAAUUGCUCUCUGGACAUGUCCCAGACCCAGAGUCUUAUAACAAGCUCAAAGGUGCCGAGCUGGUGGAUCGUGUUGAACAAAGGGAAGAUCAUGUUGUGGUGUACUUACGAGAGUUAGUGAAGGACACACCCGUAGAACACAGCUUGGACCUCACAGAGGAGUACCCAGUGGAAAACCUGAAGCCUGCUGUGGUCAUACUCUAUGACUACUAUGAGCCAAGUAAAACUCGAGCACAGCACACCAACACAUGUUGCUCCUUAGUGGAGCUGCACAACAAACUGAGCAGUAACCGGGCUGAAGAUGAAUACCUCUAUCCACACUAUGAAGGUCAGCAGUCUGAGAGUGGAUUCUUCUACCCGUGA